CUCCGCGAGCUUCAUAAACAUCGACUGUACACGCUCAACAGUCGCAGAAUGGCAGACUUGACAUGCACACUCGCCGGUAGCACAGGCUUGGUUGGCGCCAACAUCUUGUCCGUCCUAUCGUCGCAUCCUGGAGUCUCGCAUCUCUACGCCUUUGCCCGUAAAGACCCCCCUAUCAACGCUGCCAAAGUCCACCCGCUCGUCUCGUCCGAUUCUUCGACGUGGGCCUCGCUCUAUCCAAACGCCUCGUCCAUCUUCUUCUCUGCUCUUGGAACCACCCGUGGCGCUGCCGGUAGCGUAGAGAACCAACGCAAGAUUGACUAUGACCUGAAUCUCGAACUCGCCAAAGCUGCCAAAGAGAAGGGUGCCACAACCUACGUCCUGAUCAGUUCGGGCGGUGCCAACCACACAAGCUUUCUCGCAUACCCAAAGAUGAAGGGCGAACUUGAAGAGGCCGUAAAAGCUCUUGGCUUCGAACACACCGUCAUCUUACGUCCAGGCUUGAUCGUCGGCACGAGAGAAGAUUCAAGGCCCCCGGAGUUUGCUAUUCGCAAGAUUGCUGCCUGGGCUGGCAAGAUCAGCGAGCCAUGGCUCAAGGACUUCUGGGCCCAAGAUGCCGACAUUAUCGCCAAAGCUGCUGUAUCCGCCGCCCUGCAGUGUGUAGAGGGCAAGGUCCAGCGAAAUGUCUGGUUGCUCAGUCAGGGUGACAUCGUUCGUCUGGGCAAGACUGAGUGGAACCGUACUUGA